AUGGUGGAUGAUUGGUCAGCCGAUGUCAACGUCUACAUUCUGCCCCAUGAUGUCAAACCGCCGACGAAACGACAAAAGUCGACUUCGACCGAUGAAGUCAAAGAUGACAACAAACAUCACUCUAUAGUCUCUGAUGGCGGAUUCAACUUACUUCACGUCAAGGGAACAGUGGUCGGCAAGGUCGCGGUUGCAACUAAGAUGCACGGCAAUCUUGGGAAGUCUAGAGGAAACACCCUCAAGGAUGCGGAAACAGAUUUAGAGCUCACAGUUUCAAGCUUUGAAUCGGCAUUCAAUGCUGCGAGGAGAUUCAAUCUCUCGCCGGAUCCGUCGGACGACAGUCUCAAAGACCUCCUUUUGAAUGUUGUUCAAGCAAAAUCAAAUGACGAAGUCCGAGACAAUGCUUUCAAGCAGAGUGCAAAAUUGCUAGCAGACGACAUGGAAAACGGCCAAAAGCUUCUCCAAAAGCUUCGAGACAGCAACUUGGCCAACGGCUCGAGUCCGCAGAUACUUCACACUAGCGAGCCGUCAUCGAAAGCCUUGGAGGCAAUGGCAAGGGAUCACCUUAUAAAAAGAAAGGCCCAGUCCUCCUCCAAUAGCAAGUUUGCACAUCUCAUGAAGACGGAUGUCUUGCCCAGUUUCGAGCACUACCGAUGGCAAGAUAAAAACCUUACAUUGCCGCCAGAAGGUCCCUUGCGAAUGUUUGACAAGCGCGUCACGAGUGUUCUGGCGGCAUACGAUCAAUACGUGGACUACACCCUAGGAAGGAAGUUUGUCGUGCUCGAAACGGGGCAUAUGGGCUUAGCACCAGCAGGGGUUGAAGUCGACGAUUUAAUCAUCUGGGUGGAAGAACACGCAGUCUUUUUGGCUCUACGGCCGGCUCCCAUUUCAACGCGCGUAAGAGAGGAGUUGAAUCUUGAAGAGUUACGGAAGAAAGAGUUGGCGAGGGAAAGGGCUGAAAAAGAAAAUGCUAGAAAAGAAAGUAUUGAAAAGGAUGGCGUCGAACAAAAAGACGAACCCAUAGCAGGACAGGCACACAGUGAUGGGGACGAAGGUAAAAAGGUGCCCAGCGAGGCUAAUGACAGCAACUUGUUCGAUCUAGACAACACCUUUCGAUUAGUUGGAGAGGCUUUCGUCAGCAACGCACAGAAUCACCCAGACAGGGAAGCUACGGCAGUGGAUGGCGAUCUGAAAUGGUUCAGCUUGUGGUAG